CCGAAGCUCCAAUACCGACCAUGCGCUUGCUAGAUGUGUGUCUGUUCUUCCUUUCGUUCUGCGUGUUUUCGCUUGCUUUCAUCUUUCGCGUGGGAUCGAGGCCGUUUUUAUUUUUGUUAUGAUUUCUUUUUCUCCGUCUUCUCCUUCGCAUCGAAUCAGUGAGCGAUCGUCACCGCGAAACCAGCGUGUGGCGUAAUGACGUUGAUGGUAUGUAAAUACUCUAUUGUAGUGAUUCAUUCGAUCCGGUCGGAGGUCACCGAAGGCGCCCGGGUUAAUCUAGUUUAGGUGAAUUUGUGUCGGACAGUGAUUUAGUGCGGUUUCGGAGGCUAUCAAAAUGUUUGAUUGGGGCGAGCGACGGUGCUGAAUGGGAUUAUCGCCGCUGUACUUCCUGCAGCCCCCGCCAGUGAACGUGACAAAUGAGCGGCUUGGAUACUUUCCAAUAACCCCACCGUACCAUCAACCGUACGAUUACGUACUCCCGGCAAUGCAAUCGCCACAGCAGCAUCAAACGGCAGCAGCUCCCUCCUCCUCAUCGUCUGGCUUCUCCCCGUCGACCGGAAUGGAAAACGGCCAAUCGCUGUAUUUUUACAUGAAUGCAGCUGGGAAGGAGGAAAUUACAUCGGUGCCAUUAUCGCCACCGCACACACCGCCACUUUUGUACGGAACCAAUAGCCUCAACAGUAGUAGCAACGGCAACAACAACGGCAUCCUGACCGGAAAUGGCACCAACAGCACUAGUAGCAGUAGCAGCAGCAGCACUAUCCUGGCCGUCGAUGUGACCGCCAAUCAAUACGGAUUAUCCGAUCGGCAAACAGCAGUCGGUGGCGACGACCAUUCCGGCGGCACUAAUGGCCACAAUGAUAAUAAUAGCAGCUAUUCCGGCGACGGCGACGGUUCGUUCCGGGCUCGAAAUUCCGUCAUCAUGAAGGUGGAGAACCAGCAGGUGAUCCCACUGCUCGGCCAGGCAGGUUCCCGGCCGAUUGAGGAGUUCGUGUGCAGAUGGGAGAAUUGCUAUUGCGUGUUUUUCAAGCUGGAGGACUUGGCAAGUCAUGUUACGCAAAAACACGCGGUUAUUGGCCUUGGAGGCCUGUACUACUGCCGAUGGGAGAACUGUCUGCGCCAGGACCGUGGUUUCAACGCACGCUACAAGAUGCUGGUGCACGUACGGACCCACACCAAGGAGAAACCGCAUCGCUGCGGUAAAUGUGGAAAGUGUUUUUCGCGGGCCGAAAACCUAAAAAUCCAUCUACGUUCCCAUUCGGGCGAAAAACCGUACGUCUGUCCUGUUGAGGGCUGCAACAAGGCGUAUUCCAAUUCGUCGGAUCGCUUCAAGCACACCCGUACGCACUCGACCGAUAAGCCGUACGUGUGCAAAGUUCCCGGCUGCCUGAAGCGUUACACCGAUCCGUCAUCGUUGCGCAAGCACGUGAAAACCUUCAAACAUCUCAACCUGCUGAUGCCAUCGAUGGCAGUGGAGUCCGGUUAUCACCGUGACCUCCACCCGGCCACGACAGCCUAUCACUCCCACUACAGCACCAGCAACAGCAAUAGCAGCGGCCUGGGAAGCCCCGGCAAGAUGGCAAGCGAUAAUUCAUACACCGAUGAUAGCCGAGCCUCGAGCAGUAGUCGUACCACGACCACUGCCAGCAGUCCCGAGCUGGGCGGAGAAGAUAAUAAUGUGCUAAUCGAUGUCGUCAACGUCGACAAAUGUGAUGAAAAAUUAAUCUUCGCAGACUAUCACUUCUAUCGGGAUCGGAGGUCUGUGUCUGGCUGGCCAGCGGUACGUCACCGAAGUCCCACGAUGCCGCCCCUGCCCGAUACUCACAGUGCGCUGCAGUCGGAUGAGGGUAGUGGCGACGAGUGUGAGCUUGGUUUCCUUAUUGAACCGGAACGAGAUUGUUACCGGUCAUACGGCAGCUUUCCGCAGCAUUUCGCCGAGUCGAUCGUUCCCGCCACGAUAGAUGAGCUGGCGCGGUAUGGCGAGGAUGGGACUCGUGCUCUGCCGACGGUGGUAGAAGAUGAUGAUUUAUGUAGUGGCAUCCGGCGGUUGAGCGGCGGUAGGCCGAAGGAGCUGACCGCCAUGGAAGUGGACGGGCCACUGGAUCUCAGCAUACAUCAUCGGUAGAGUUCGGCUUAAUUCGAUGCAACUGUGUUGUGUUCUUUCGACAUUUUAGUUUUUAACGUUCAGAGUAAUCAUAAUUUGUACUUUUCAAUGUUUGUGGUCUUUUUUUAUAUUUUAACAUCGUGAUUUUACUGUGACAUUAAAAAAAACGUCUUGAUUUACAAGAUCU